CUGGCCAACAUGAAGUUCAUCGCUGGAUUUAUUCUGCUGUUUGCCGCUGCGGCUUUCGCCCAAUCAGAUCCUACCACCAACGAAAACAAGAAUGUGAUUAACAUCAAUCCCAGCGCAGCCAAAUAAAUCAGUCUUUGAUAUUUGCAGACCCAGAAUUAAAUAAAACAUUUACUUUAUUGCUUGCAUGUAA